AUGUCUCAGAUUAGAAUACUAUUGGAUUCAUUUCUUAAUAUUGGUAAUAAUGGUUUAAAAAGAAAUAGAGAUCAGUAUGAGAUUGACCAAGAGUCACUACUACCAAAAACAACAGCAACAACCACAAUAUCAUCACUUCCAACCACAACAAUAAUUUCAAUACCAUUAUCAAAAUGGAGUAAUAGCAGUAUUAAAUUAAUUAAUAAAUUUAAAAAAAAUAUUUUUCAGUUUGUCUUUAAAAAUGUCAUUGACUAUUUUCAACUUGAUAUUACAUUAGAGAUUAUUUUUAGUGACCCAAAAUAUUUCAUUGUAUCAAAAAAACCAUCUCUUUACAAAUAUAAAAUUAAUAUAGAAGACAUAGUAUUCAGAAUAUUGUCUAUAGAGAAUCAAAAUCAAUUAUUAGAUAGGGGAUUGUACUUUAUCCCAGCAUCAAAUCUUUGUUGUGGCUAUCCAGCAAAAUUAAGUAAAAUAAUCAACGAUAACAAAGAUAUAGAGAGGAUAAUAAAGUUAUCAAAUCAUAUUAAUAAUCAUAGAAAAAGUCAUAAAGAAGCUCCACUAAAGUUUUGCCAAUUCGAACCUUUUUUGUUAGCCGAUUUAAAUAAUUUAAAACGAUUUUCAAUAAAUAAUAGAAAUAACUGGAAAGGUCUAAUAAUUGAAGAUUUCGAAGCACCUCCGUUUUUAGAUAAUAAAUUUAUCAAAUAUUAUUUUGAAAAUCAACAAGAUCUUAGCUAUAUCAGUACAUUUUUAGAAAAUAUAAUAUUCAAUACAAUUUAUAAUAAAUCUAAGUAUAAAAUAGAGGAGCUAUGUCAAUUAAUAGAAUCUCUAUCAAGUUUUUACAACAAUAAUGAAUAUUUAUCCCUAUGGUCUGAAAUUAUUAAAGAAACCAGGGUUACGAGUCUACCUGUUGUCUUUUCCUCCUUCGAAACAGAUGACCCAAUUCAAAUGACUGAUAAUGGAGAUAAUUACCCUCAAUUUGUAGUUAAAGAUAUGCAACAAAUUGAUAAAAUUUCAGAAUAUUUAAAUUUAUUUUCCAUAGAUAACUAUUUUAGUGCGUUCAUUUUUAACGAUAGUCAAUUAUUACAGUAUGCAGUCAAAAUUAGUGUGAUAUGUGACCCCAAGUUAGAGAGAAUUAGUUUAGAAUAUCCUCUCUGCAAAGCUAUCCAAAACUUUAACUUAAAAGAAAUUGAAGCCAUUUUUAAACUUCUGGAUAGCUGGGACCAUGACUAUUCGUUGGCCAAUUAUUAUCAAAAGAAACUAAAACCAAUACCGUUGUCAAAUAUAGAUAUACAAGAGAUUGUUGAGGCUGUAAAGAAUUUUUUUUUAAUGAAUUGUGAAGAGGGGGCUUUUCUAUGUUUGGAUUCAGCACCAGAGGGAAUUAGUGAAAAUACUGAAUACCGUUGCAAAAUAACCGGGGUACUAAAGCAAAGAGGUACAUAUUCUUUAACAAGUUUAUCAAAGCUAUUCGCUUUGGCUAUUGCAAGACAAUCAAUAAAAGUAAUCAAGCUUUUUCUAAGUGAAAAUCAAGAAAUAUUUAUUUCAGAUUUAAACCCAAGUGUUAUUCAUAAUGAACUCAUAAAUUUUAAAGACUACAAUCUCCCAUUGUUCAUUUUUUCUGAUCCAUAUCAAUCUUGGAGGAGAAAACUGUUUCAAACACCAGAUUAUCAAGUAAUUGAUAUAGAUCUGGUAAUAGAAGCCAUUCAUUUAUUAAUUAAUAAGUUUAAAAAAGAACAUCAGCAAAACUUUAUAAAUUCCCAAGAAAGCAGUAUUUUAAAUUCAACUGUCAACUUUUUAUUCAAAAUAUUAAUUCAAAGUGGGGGCGAAGUACCAAUAGAAAAGAUUAAAUCAGCUUAUCAUUACAUCAAUAGCUCUGGUGUAGUCGUUGUUCAACAAUCAUCAUUAUUUUCAAUCUAUUACCUUUCAAAUAAAUCACUAUUGCUCACUAACUAUUUUACUUAUUUACCCUGCUAUAGAGAGCUGAUAGAUCCCGUACAUGGUUAUUUAGAUUACUAUAUUCUAGAUUUUACAGUGUCACCAGAUUUUACACUAGAUUACCUCCAAAAUUUUAAUUUAGCCAACUUUAUAAAGCCAGAGGAUUUUACAUUCGAAUACAUAUUUGGCAAUGGCCAAUACAAUGGAAGUGAUGGUGCAUCAUUGGCCAAUAUUUUCGAAAAACUUUUCAAUUCAUUUCUUCCAUUUUUUGAUAAAGGUAAUAAAUCAAAUAUGGAAAAAUUCCUCAAUCAAUUAUUCGCAGUCCUACUUCACAUUAAAAGAAAUGAUUUACUAUUAAGCUAUAUUCAUAAGUUUGCAUGUGAUUACCGUUUUCAUUUAUAUAACCAUAUUACCGAUGCCAUCCUCAACACUGAAGACCACCAUCUAAUUUCAACAAUAUUAGGUACCCACGGCCAUUUAUUUAAGGAUUCAUUAAAAAAUAUAGAUACUAAAGACUGUUUGGUACGAUAUUGCAAAAAAAACAAAAUCGAAAUUAAUUCAUCUUUGAUUUCGAUAUAUUCUGGAUUUAUGGAUUUUUCUUCUCAAAAUUUAAAGGUUUCUUGA